AUGAUGCUUUCUAGCGAUCAAGCCAUUCGGCCGGAUGCUUUGCAGUUCUCACGAAUCCCCUACUUCGAGGACGGAUCCAUGUCAGUCCUGCGAAGUAUUGACAACAUGUAUCAACUGGACAAUUUGGCGCGAUCUCAAUUCUACAAAUCGUUACCGUCCACCAUUCAUCUUUUGCCCAAACGACUCUGUCUGUAUCGAGUAUUUCCGCAGAUCACGGAAGAUUUCUCUAAUCCUCAUAUGGUCCCAUUUAUCCUCCCACCGGUGUUACUCAUCAUGGAGAUGGUCACUCAGGCAGAGUUUGUGCAGUACAUGCUUCCACGACUGACCCCUAUUUUCGCGAUGAAAGAACCCAUUCAGAUCACCUUGGUGCUGCUGCAAAACUUACGUGUAUUGGUCGAGAAAUUUCCAGCCAACGAAUUUCGUACACACGUCCUUCCAAUGUUACACUCCGCUUUGGACACAGACAAUAGAACUGUGCAGGUUAGUGCACACUUUCCCGCUGCCCGUCUAUUUGGUGUUCGUGUCUACAUUCUGGCACUCUGUGCUGACAAUGCGGUUCACAAAUUUUCGGAAUUUGAUGUACUCAAUCACUUCCCGUUCAUGGAAUUGUGUCUCCGCUCUUUACCGUCUAUCAGUCAGAUGAUGGAAUUGACUACAUUAAAAAAUGCCGUCCUUCCGCGCAUUCAGAAACUGUUCUUCCGAUCCGAUCUGCUCACCACGCGUAUCAAUUGUCUGAUUUGUCUCGGAAAAUUGUUAGAUCAUUUGGACAAAUGGAUGGUCAUGGACGAAGUUGUCCCGUUCUUGCAACAAAUCAAAUCUCGUGAACCAAGCAUUCUGAUGGCCAUUCUGGGCAUCUACCGGCUCGCGUUAAGUCAUGAAAAGCUGGGCAUCAGUCGGGAGAACCUCGCCACGCGUGUACUACCUCAUGUGAUCCCGCUGUCUGUGGAAGGCACCCUGAAUCUCAAACAGUACAAUGCCUUUGCAGCUCUGAUUCGAGACAUGUGCACGCAGUUGGAGCGGGAACAACGCGCCAAAUUGGAACAAAUGCACGGUGUUACUGAGGAGCCUAACUCAGACGUUUGGCGUUCACUGCAAACAGUUGACCAUCGUCACCAUCAAUUGAAAGGACAUUUUACUGUCAAAUAUUAUCAUCAAGGAUUAGAAGAGCAUCGCGAGUUGUUCCUGAAAGAUUAA